GCCUUAUCUCUCUCUUUCUCUCUCUAACUGUUGGUCUCAAUUUCUCAGUCCCAUUCUCUCGUUCCCGAGUUACCCAUUUCAAGGUUGCCUCUCUCUUCAAUGGCCAUGACCCACAUCCUUAAACCCGCCAUUUCCAUGCCCACUUCUUCACACUUCACUCCCUCUAUACCCUCACCUCCCUUUCCAUUCAAAACGCACACGAGCUCACACUUCUUCCCCACCCAUCAUUCCAGAAUUCACAGCCACCAAACGCCACCGCCAACACUAUCCAGAAGAUUGUUCCUUCCUUCAGUUUCUGGAAUCUGGGACGCCUUAACUGGUGGCAACAAUGCCCGUGAAGCUGUUGUUUCCAUUCGGCGUGGAAUGCUACUCUUUCGGCAGGGAGAUGUUCCAGGUUCUUUGGUGGAAUUCGAUAAGGCAAUUGAGUUGGAUCCUCGUCAAAAGGCAUAUCUUUGGCAAAGGGGGCUGUCAUUAUACUACCUUGAUAGGUUUGAAGAAGGGGCAGAGCAAUUCCGGUUAGAUGUUUCACAGAAUCCAAAUGACACAGAGGAAUCCAUCUGGUGCUUUCUUUGUGAAGCUCAAUUAUGUGGAGUUGACGAAGCAAGGAAACAGUUUCUUGAGGUUGGCAAGGAUCCACGACCCGUCAUGCGGGAAGCCUAUAACAUGUUUAAAAAUGGUGGAGAUCCUGAAAAGCUUGUUGCUGCAUUUUCAAAUGGCAGGGAGAAUGAAAAUUUCUAUGCUUCUCUGUAUGCUGGGCUUUAUUACGAAUCUGAGAAAAAAACUGAUGCGGCCAAGCUUCAUAUACUUGCUGCAUACCAGUCUCCUUAUGGACAGAGGUCUGAUGAUUAUAUGGCUUCACUUGCCAGGGUUCACUGUCUUUGUCGAAAUUGGAGCUCUAACUAAAAUAUUUGGCUCAUGCUUGAACUGGAGUACCACAGGAGGAUGUAUCCAUGCAGCACAGAUCAUAUAUGGAUGCAACUAGCUUCCUGCAGAAUUUUCAUGUUGUUAGAAGCCCGCCAAGGAAUUUCAUAGCAAGAUCGUUUUUUUUUUUUAAGUAUUAGUUGAUUUUAUGAUAAAAAAAAAAUUGUAACUGUUUGCCCCAGCUGUUACAAAUGCAGUAUACAAAUGCAUUGUUCCUAUAAUUAUGUUACGGUUUUUCGACGCUUGCUUGCAAUACCACAAGCUUAAUUAAGCUCAUAGAAAGGAAUAUCGGACGACAGUUGUCAGCAUGAAACAAUGGCUAGAGACUAGGCUGGAACGACAGCUGGUCGGUAGUCGAAGGUAGGCGAUGGUCGAGGGUGGUUGGAGAUGGAGCAACAGAGUGGUAGAAAAUGGGCCGGGCAGGCUAGACAAUGGUGAGGUUGGAUGGUGACCGAAGAGAUGAUGGUUGGCAAGCUGGGCCGAGGAUGGCUGGAGACUAGGUCAAACGGUGGUCAGCAAUGGGCCGUGCUGAACAGUGGCCAGCGUUAUGAUUCCAUUCAACAGCUAUUGAACUGUACCAAACAACAAAAUAUAUAUAUGUAGGGUUAUAUUCU